AUGGGCUCUAUCAUCGGUCAGCCACUUGGCGAUGAGCUGCGCCGCGAAUACGGCGACGACCUGGCUAUUGAGGGCGUCGACUAUGCAGCGCUGCUUUCCACCAACUAUCUGCCCGGUGGCACCGAUCUCGUCUCUGAGCGCGAGAUGCGCGGCAUUCUCGAAGACAUCAACAGUCAAUGCCCUUCGGCUAUCAUCGUCUGCGGUGGCUACUCUCAAGGCGCAGCAGUCAACCACCGUGCUAUCGAGGAUCUCUCCGCCAGUGUCAAGAACCAGAUAGCUGGUGUCGUUACCUUUGGCGACACCCAGAACCGCCGUGACAACCAGCAAAUCCCCAACUUUCCCCGCGACAAGCUCCGAAUCUUUUGCGGUGGGCUCGUUCGCGACACGGUUUGUGACGGUAACCUCGCAGGGGCUGUUCUACUUCCUCAUCUCAGCUAUGGCGAUGACGCGGAGGAGGCUGGCGAGUUCUUGAUUGGAAAGAUCAAUGCGGUUCGUGCCGCUAAAGCUUAG